AUAGUCACUCUUCAUAGAAAAAUACUCUAAUUGUAGGUGUGGAAAAAUAUUUAAAUGAAAAAGUGAAAAUCACUCUACACUGUCUACAGGUGUUCCCACUUUAGGAAGAGCUAUCCGUGUGGCUUUAUUGGGAGAGAGAAAGAGAUGGGAGCUGAGAAUUGGAACUUGACGGCGAAGCUGUGCGACUCCUGCAAGACGGCGUCGGCCGCCGUGUUCUGCGGCGCCGACACCGCGUUCCUCUGCCUGGACUGCGACUCCGAGAUCCACGCGGCAAACAAGCUCGCGUCGCGCCACGCGCGCGUCUGGGUCUGCGAUGUGUGCGAGCAGGCGCCGGCGAGCGUCACGUGCAAGGCCGACGACGCCGCGCUCUGCGUCACGUGCGACCGCGACAUCCACUCCGCGAACCCCUUGGCCCGCCGCCACGAGCGGCUCCCGGUGGUGCCCUUCUACGACUCAUCGUCGGCGGUCAAACCCCACAGCGGCGGAUCUGACUCCGUCUCCUCCGACGGCGACAACAAGUACUUCAGCAACGAGUCGGACAACCAUAACCCCGACACGGAGGAGGAGGCGGAGGCGGCGUCAUGGCUCCUCCCAAAUCCGAAUAAUUUCAAAGGAAUGGAUCUGGAAGAAUCGGAAUACUUCUUCGGCGGGGUGGAUCCGUAUCUGGAGAUGGAAAUGAUUUCCGGCGGCGGAGAUCGGAAGCCCCACCGCCGCAAUCACCAACACUACGACACCGAUGGGGUGGUGCCGGAGCAGAAAAAGAGCUGUGCCGCCCUCGUACCCGGCCCAGUAGUGGAUGGAUUUCCGGCGUAUGAAAUCGACUUCGCCGGCGGCGGAUCCAAGCAGCCUUUCAUGUACAACUUUGCUUCUCAAUCCAUCAGCCAAAGCGUAUGUCCCCUUUCUUGUUCUUCCAUUUCUUUAAAGUCAAUCCCACAUUCUAAAAUGUACUGCGGUUAAAAGUGGAAAGGCACGCAUGUUUUAUUCUGCAAAUUUCACAUCACAGCAACCAAAUGUAAUUAAAAGGAAUAAAAGGUCAAAAUUUAACCAAGGGAAACUCACAAUUAGGACUUAAACUUUUUUAUUCCCUAAAUAGGACUUAAUAAUGACCUAGUGGGAGGAAUAAUGUCCAAUAAUGAUGGACAUUUACUUGAAUAAUAACUACUUCAUAAUGACCAAAGGUCCUACAUUGGGAAAUAAAAACAUAUGGUCCUAUAUUGGAAAAGUCAUUAUGUUUUAGUCAUAUUUAGGUAAAUUUCUCAAGUAAAUAUACUAUAUUCUUGUUAUCUUGUAUCAAACAAUUAAUGAAAAUAGACAAAAAGGAGGCGGUUCUCAUGAUAUUGAUAAUCAAUAUCAUGGAUGACCCUACCCUGGAGGUCCUACGAUGUCCUGUUAGUAAAAUUGACGAUUCAUA